AUGCUACAUAGAUCCAGUAGAAUUGCGAACUGCGUGUUUACUGGGCUGUCACCUCGACGUCCCCAUUGCACUUCUUCGGGGAUGUCCACUCCGUGGGUUCGGCGAGCCUAUCGUGUUGUAUCAAUUCAUUCUCCGCCUUACGAUCAGAAGCGUGGUGGGGAAGGGUGUCUCCCGCUCCAACGAUCUCAUCACUCAACCAACCCUCUCCUCAUGCCACAGCCCACGGGUACCUCCAGGGACGGCAUAAUCGUCCCCGCAUGGAGAACCACUUGCCUUCCCCCCCAAAAAAUCACCCCUGCUCAGACUACCGGUACAUGGUACCCGCCUCUUAAAAUCGGGGAGCACCCAUAUUCAACCCCCCCAAAUACUCACUCACUUCUGAUUGGUCAAAUCUUCGUGAUCCUGGCUUACAAGACAAUCAAUGGCGAUUGUGGACUGUACCGGAUUUGAAUGCUCCUCGGCCGCACCUUCCAACAAGUUUGGUAUUCGCGACUGAGAAGUCAAAAAAAAAAAAAUACCGCUCGGAUUUCGAUGCUAUGCCGCCUAGGCGCACCCGCAUCUGAUCCCCACCCACGCCUUACCAAUAAUAACGGGCUUACCUAGAUUGACUCAUGUCGAUCUCCGAGAAGUGUUAUUCUCGCCCCGGGGCAGUACAGAAAGCUACCUAUACGGCGCACUGAUCAUGUCACUCUCGUCCCUGCUGCUAAUUUUUUUUUUAAGUUAGUGCAAAGGAUAUGUACUCAGGGUGUGUCAGUAAAAAAUCGGGAAACUGUUCUGCUGUUUCCUUACAAUCCUCUGUGGCGACUAGGGUUAUGUUUUUCGAUUUUUGUGGACACACCCGGGUAUGGGCGGAGAUGGCCUACUUGAUCAUGCGUCCCUCAGAGGGUUGGUGAUGAUUCUGGGAAGCCUAUAAAAGGCAUUUGCAUGGUUUUGUUCCUGGUCACGAUAACGAGAAUAGGUCACCUUAGUCGCCACCUGCGGACAUCUUUGAAAUUGCGCUAUCGCCUUAUUUUGUUAUGGCUCAAUUUAGUGAUACUCUCUGAUGUGGCAAUGAUGGAUGGGUUACAGGAGGUGGGAAAAUAGCAACGUAAGAACAAGAAUAACCCCCACUUCCUCAUCGACCGGCGACGGAAAGAUCGUGAACUUUUAGGGGGAGCAAGCAGGUAGGUUCUUUGCAUCCUCACCCAUUUAUUUAUUUUUCGUUUCAACUCCUGUCCGGAGGUAGCCAUCUAUUCACAAACAGAGACCCUAUUGUUAGCAGGCGGUAUUGUAAUCAACCUUUUUUAACGUUGAUGGGACCGGAUUGGUCGUUCCUAAUCCUUUUUUCAGUAAUCUGGGAGGUCCUGUAUUCGGGCCAAGAAUCGAAAGUAGACUGAGCUCGCACGAUAAUGUGUAUUAUCGUGCUGAUGGGUUGACCGAAGCUCAUGUCACAGUUGUUGGUUGGACAGAAGGUAUUAUGCCUAGUCUGCCAGUAUAGUGGUUAUGGGGUGAGGUUUUUAUUUUAUUUUAUUUUAUUUUAUUUUAUUUUAUUUUUAAUUUUAAUUUUACUAACAAGGCGAGAACAUCUAAGGCCCAACCUUAUAUGAUACCUGGGGAGGCAUCAUGCGGCCGAGUGGAAUUAGCCAGUUUUAUUUAGUCCGAGAUUCUUGGUUAUCCUCAUUAGGGCUUCCUAUCAGGACUCCGAACUCGAGUGUGUGUGGCCAGAGGGUAUCAAUCGAGAUGGCUGUGCCAAAUUGGAGCGAUCCUCCCUUUUUCGUCCGGUGACUUUAUUUGAAAACAGAAAUUAAAUAACUGUCAAAUUGGCGAGGGUCUGAAUCUGAUCUCGGAAGCCACCUUAUAGCUGGUUGUUGCACAGCUUAUUACUCUCGAUUCGCUGGAAUACUUGUAUAAGCCUGAAAGGCACAUUAAAAAUCAUUUCCUCACUUCCCCUCGCUCACCGUUUUCGCGUUAGCAUGACUGCCUCCUGUCCUCUAUUAACUUGCAUCCUGGAAGGUUGAAUAUUAUCCUGGGAAGAAAAGAGUCGAAAUUAAAACGAGUUCGUGGCUCCUGUUCGAGAAGAUGCAGGUAUCAGUUCGCCCACCUCGACCCCCUGUUUUCCUUUGUUCUAUGUUCGAAUGGGGCAAAUGAGCGGUGGCGAGCAUCCAAUUGUUUGGUCACAAAGCUGGACUGAAUCCCAUGCUCCCCGACCAGUCUUCACACUUUAGGGCUGUCUUUCAUGGUGUGUUACGCAUCAUAAUUAUCUCCGCAAGCAUGCAGCUACCCGGUGUGGAAUCCUUUGACAAAAGGUUUGCUUUUUGGUUUUAUUGUGUGGUGGGUGAGUUGGACAGAGGCCAUCUGAGGGAGAGUACAUUUCGUUUGUCAUACUGACUCUGCAGCUAGUCUUGAUGUUCUUUUCUGCGGCCAUCGUAUCGUAUGACUAUUUGUGCAAACGCAGUCCUCGGACUCUUGCGCAGCUGGGCCAAUCUAGCUCAGUUUCCGGUCCAACGCUGCGACUGAACCUUCUAAUCCGACGGAAAGAGAGAAAUCUUGAGGUUCCUCAUUUUCUAUUGUUAGAACGAGGAAGAAGGGGUGGGGAGAAAGUCUUACUUUCUGAGAACUCUAGGGAAGGCGCCGAGGCCUCCAUACGACGCGCCUUAGGAACAUCUGGCGGGCGAAGUAGAGAAGGUGAGGCUGGUGUACAUGUCUGGGUGUACAGUAUGCAUAUGGUGUCCGAAAUUUUCUUCUAACGGAUUCCUUAGGGAAAAUGGGGCGGAUUAUAAUUGCAGUGGAGACAGGAAUUCCCCGAGGGCAAUCAACCUGGAAAAUCAUGUGGGUGCGGACUGGGGGGAAGAAAUAUCGUAAAGUCUAUUUAUUUGCAGUCAACGUUUGUCUGCGGGUGGUGAAUCAUGAGCUCUGGUCCCCUGUUGAUUAAGUUAUGCUGGCGGAAUGGCAUGGUUUCUGUUUUUGACUUCUCUACUGGCUACACUCGCCGUUCUAUAACUUUUAGGCCCCAACUUGUUGUACUCUUGUACUCUGGGUUCCGCUGCGCGCCAUUGAUUCCAGAGGACAACCGACGGUGCUUUCCCCUAGCCUUACCGCCCCGAUACAAACGUAUACGACUCUACUUUCCCCAUCCGUCCCGACACACUUCACUCGCCCCUCAGAUACCUUCUAACUUUAGUUAAAUCAAUGAUUAGAUGUUAUGAAGUUGCCUUCCCAGUAUGCUGGAUCCAGUGCCAUACGGACCCUAGCCGUAUGGUACUCGCUUCGUUCUAACGGGAGUUUCGGUUGCCAAUGAUAAGUGAUGGAUGGUUGCAGCGUCUGAGGGAGACAGCAGGUGCAGAUAAAGGGGAUUCAUAUAUGUACGUAUAUCGUAUAUUCCUCAUUUUUUUCCCCACACACUGGAGCUAGACUUUGGAGACUUAAGGCAGCUGCACAAACUUCUUUACGGUAUUUACUUUUUUCACACACAAAGGAUAACAGGCGAAAACAAACAAGCACGGGACCUGUCAGGCGCCCAGAGCGCUCUACGAGAUUCUCCCCAGCUUGACCAAUGAUUAAACCCUCUGAUGCCUCCGUGUAAGUAGGUAUGUCAAGAAAAGUAUCUAGGGAUUAUGUUGACGGUGCAUAUUUUAGAAAUAUGCUCCCAUAAUCCAACUACCCUUUAGCUAUUGCUGGACUAUUACUGGUGUUCACCCCGUUUCUCUCUCACUCCCCCCCCUCUCCCUCUCCCCCCACACACUUUUCUACCUCGUUUCCUUCUCUAGAAGCAUGCUGUGAGUGUUUAUUUUGUUAUAACUGCGACCCCAUCCUGUGCUUCAGCCCGGCUCUCUUGUGCGUUUCCCUCCCCCAUCUCUUUCUGUUCACCCUCCCUUGACACCACCCUUCAACCCCAAUUCUCAAAGCGCGACCCCAAUAGUCCUUACUAUCCACUCUGCCGGACGGAGACAGUGCGCCGUGUGCCCCCUUCGAGUGUCCGUCCGUACGCCGUCAGCUCCUGAUAUUCCCAUUUUCCCUUUCAAUAUCUACUUUUCUCUCAUUCCUGAACUCAAGCUCACUCUGCCCGCUGGUGGCCCCCAUCCAAGCUUGAAAUUGGGCCAUUCUAUAUUGCGCUGGAAAGUUUAAGCUAGAUACGUUCGUUUUUACCUCCUUCAUUCGAAUCUACGGGAGCGCCAAUACUAUUCUCAAUCCUGCUAUCGGAGUUGAAUUCUCUGGAAAAACUUCCGUCAAACUUCCUCCAAGCCCUUGCUCCGUCGGCGAUCUCAGGAAUCUUUCCAGUUCGCCUUUUGACGGACACUGUAAGGAGCCAACCAUGACUCGCCAUCCGCUGAACCAAUUGAGCUAUGCAAGCGAUCCCCCAUUGGAAUACCGUCAGCCCAGGGGUAUUCCCCCUCUACCUCAAGACAGGUCAAUGUCAUUGUCUCUGUGCCGGCAGAACCCCCGAACGGACCCAAUGACUAGGCAGACUUCUCGGUCUGGGUCUAGCUCCCACGGAUCAAGUGCGAAUGCCAAUAGCAGUGGCACGCCCAGGCGUCGGAUCCAAGUAGCUGUGGGUUCAAUCCUUUUCCUUUCCUUCGUUUAUCUGAGUUAUGUCCGCCGGUCCCCGGAACGGGGAGAAAGAGAAUUGUUGCCCGAACUCACAGCUUUGCUUGGGAAAACCUGGUGUUUUGCAUCCAACUCCAUUGGUUUUCCUCCAAUGUAGAGGGUUUUCUAAGUUGAUUUCAUAUUACCCUCCGACUCCAAACAGUUCUUUCCCCAUCAGGAAACGCUUGGCUAAUAAAUAUCGUGCGGCAAUUCAGUGUGGGCGAUGUCGCAAGCGCAAGAUCAGAUGCAGUGGGGACCCUGGGGAUAAUACGGGCUGCACUAAUUGCAAGUCGGCGAGCGUUCCGCAAGGAACCUGUAUAUUCUUGAGGGUGCAGUGUGAGAUGGCGGAGCUCGUACCCGAACACAUGCUCGUGGUGAGUGGUUACGAGCAGGUCCCCCCAACAACUAUCGACCUUCCCCCUCCCCCAUACUCCUCGUCGUCGUCAGCCUCUUCAUCCUCUUCAUCUCUUGCUCUGGGGCACCCACACGCCAACAUUACAUCGCCCCCAAUGCAUCACCACCACAGCCUCAACUCUCAGCAUUUGAUGAGCCAGCUCCCCAUGAGGCAUCACACAAUGAAUCCGACUGGCUUGUCUAAUGAUGUGAUGUCAUUGAAAUCGGUACAUCAUCAAGAUCCAAUGGGUGGCACUGGCGGCACGGAUGGAAAUGGUCUGAUUCUAGGCGGUGGUAUGGGUAUUUCCUCCCACAGAGGCUCAUACGAAGGGGACUUGUCUAACGGGACGAGCGGCGGGAGCGGGAUAUCAGGUGGGGAGCUGUACAACGGGAAUUAUCCCCAGUUCCUCCAGCCUGAGAUAGCCACCUCCAGCUCGCUCGUUGGCGGGCAGCAGGGGCAGUGGUCACCAUUGCCCUCUAGCGGUAGACAGGCAAACUCGGCGCUGUACCUUGACCAGGAUCAGGCUCCAAGUUUGCAGAGCUAUAUGCCUGCCCCGAGCACUCGCAUGCCCUCGCACUCCUCGCUAGACGGAUAUAAUACUAUAUUCCCUGCUUUGAGUUCUCUCUCGUCCUCGCUACCGGAGGGUGUUUCCCCGAGGACCACUCUAGCAGAUAGAGUAACACUCCCCUCCCCUUUCAGAACACAGGCCUCCGAGAACAUCAGUCUAAGAGCCAAUGGUACCAACGACCUCACGUCAGGUAACUACGUAACCCAGAGUAUUCAAACUCAUGUAGUAGGACGAAGUUAUUCCCCGUGGGCUGGAGAGCCGGGAUUCACCACGACCUCUGCACCAAGCAGCAACUCCGCCGUACCAACUACCAAGACUCCAAUCGUCAACAUCUCUCCUCCACUCUCAUACUUGAACCCCACUGUCUCUCAGCCAGCCCAAUCCAUCAUCCCCCCGGCCCUUCCACUUCCCCCGACCCUUACCUCCUACAGCACAAGCACGAGUCCCAUCUUCCCCCUCUCAUCAUCAAACAGUUCACUCCUCCCCUCGGGCCCACACAGCAGCAGCAUCCUAAACUCAAGCUUUGAUUCCUUCACCUCACAACCUCUACAAUCACUCUCUCAACAGCCAAAAUCCAUACGGAGCGACUCGGAGUCCAGCGGCGGUGGAGCAAACACGAGUGGGACGAGCGGAAGCAGUGGGACUAGCGCUAGCGCUAGUGGUAGCGGCAUAGGAAGCGCAUGUACUGCUAUAGGCACUACUGCCAGCACAAGCAAUCCCAAGAUGAAUACUCCCGCACCGAUAAUGCGCACGAGCUCGACUUCUAGCUCAGGGUGCUCGCCGGCGUACUCGAGGUCGAGCGCUGGAGGACACUCUGACUAUGCGUCAAAAUUGUUCCCGGAUCACAUGGCUGAC